UUGGUCGCGGGAGCCCAUGAGUAAGCCGUGGCGCCGCGGGAGCGUGUCUGGGGCGAUGGAGGCCCCCGAGCCGGGGGAAGCGCUGGAGCUGAGCCUGGCGGGCGCCCUCGGCCACGGAGGCCACAAGAAGAAGCACAAGAAGCACAAGAAGAAGCACAAGAAGAAGCACCACCAGGAGGAGGAGGCGGGGCCCACGCAGCCGUCCCCCGCCAAGCCGCAGCUCAAGCUCAAGAUCAAGUUGGGGGGCCAGGUGCUGGGCACCAAGAGCGUACCUACCUUCACUGUGAUCCCCGAGGGGCCUCGCUCCCCCUCUCCCCUUAUGGUGGUGGACAAUGAAGAGGAGCCUAUGGAAGGGGUUCCCCUGGAGCAGUACCGUGCCUGGCUGGAUGAAGACAGUAAUUUGUCCCCCUCCCCACUUCGGGACCUGUCAGGAAGCUUGGGGGGUCAGGAAGAAGAAGAGGAGCAGAGGUGGCUGGAUGCUCUAGAGAAGGGGGAGCUGGAUGACAAUGGUGAUCUCAAGAAAGAAAUCAAUGAACGGCUACUCACUGCUCGACAGCGCGCUCUGCUGCAGAAGGCGAGGAGUCAGGCGUCCCCGCGGCUGCCGCUGCCCAUGGCGUGGGGGGGCUGCCGCCGCCGGGCCCUGACCGAGGAGAUGCUGCUGAAGCGGGAGGAGCGCGCGCGGAAGCGCAGGCUGCAGGCGGCGCGGCGGGCCGAGGAGCACAAGAACCAGACGAUCGAGCGCCUCACCAAGACCGCGGCGCCCAGCGGGCGGGGAGGCCGGGGGGCCGCGAGGGGCGAGCGGCGAGGGGGCCGGGCUGCGGCCCCCGCCCCCACGGUGCGCUACUGCAGCGGGGCGCAGGGCGCCACCCUCUCCUUCCCCCCCGGCGUCCCGGCCCCGGCGCCCCUCGGCCCGCGGACUUGCCCGGCCGGGCCCGCCCCCCGCUGCUCCGUGCCCGGCUGCCCGCACCCGCGCCGCUACGCCUGCUCGCGCACCGGCCAGGCGCUCUGCAGCCUGCAGUGCUACCGGAUUAACCUGCAGCUGCGCCUGGGAGGCCCCGAGGGGCCCGGCUCGCCCCUGCUGGCCACGUAA